GAUUGAGUAAGCAAGAAAGAGCUGAUUAGAGUCAGCGAGAAGCCCCACAUGAAAGGCAAGGAGCAUGCCCAGGAUUUGAUGCUUGAGUUAUUUUUCUGUGCCAAAGCAAGAGGUGCUUCCGCGGAUGGGGAGCUAAAGGUGCUACCUUAGAACAAGUUGGGUAUCGUUGGGGAAGAAACGAUCGUCUCUGUUGAAUAGUCACCGACAGUAAGGAGGAGGGGACUGUGAGGCUGAGCGUGUUGAGAGCCGGAGAGGAGGCAGGAGCCGAAGUAACCAGGUACAGCAGGCUGAAUCUGCCCAGCGCUGCCGAUGUGUUUUCUUUUCCGGGGAAAUACAACACGCCGAAGCUCGGCAUGUGGGCUGCAACGCGCUGUCACGGAAUUAACCCUUUGCAAGCUGCAGCCCAAGUGCUGAGCCGAGCGCAAAUUGUUUAUUUACAUCCGCUCGUUCUCUCUUUCUUUCUCCCUCCCUCUGCCUGCAUGCGCAAGAAUGGAGCUCGACCGUGAGGAGUUGAAAGGCUGGUCCGUGAAAUGCACACUCUCGGGCUCAAAGUGUGAGCAAGUUCUCGGUUGAUGCAAGCCACGAGGUCCGAUUUCCCCCCGGACGCGGUGCGCAAUUGUUGGAUCCACCGGAGAGCAAGAGGGAUCCGCUUCAUGAAACGUUGCUUCAGACAGCUCGUAUGUGCAGAGUGAUUGACUGUCCUCGUAUGAAUGGGCGGCAGUCCCAUGUCGCCCCAUCAUGGCAGCUGGGGGGUCAGGCGGAGCUGCGGCAGCCCAGGAAACUAUGCCCCAAACACCAAUUUUCCCAAGCAUGCUUGGUACCAGUUGUAGUGGACAUGUGCAGCCAGACAUGGAGGAGAAAUGCGGAGACCCAGUUUACCAGGAUGGCAGCCUAGUGUCGGGGUCCCUCGAGGUACUGAUUGAGCACCUAGUACCCACGGUCGAUUACUACCCUGAUCGGACUUAUAUCUUCACCUUUCUCCUGAGUUCCCGGGUCUUCAUCCACCCUCAAGAGUUGCUGGUGAAAGUCGGGCAAAUCUGCACCAAGCAGCUGGAAACAGGACUGGAGGCAGAUAAGGCGAGGGUCAAGGAAUUUGUCCCAAAGAUCAUCCAGCUUCUGACUGAGUGGACAGAAACAUUCCCACAUGACUUUCAAGAUGAGAAAUCGAUGAAAGAGCUCAAGGACAUUACUCACCAGAUAGCACAGUGCGAUGAGGAAAAUUCCACUGUGAAGAAAAGCAUUAGCCAGAUGACCCAAAGUCUGAUCCGCAACCUCUCGAUCCACAGCCAGUACCAGGAAGCGCGGGAAAUAAUCAAGCCGUCGGUCACGGAUAAGCUGCCCAUUCUGAAAGCCAAGACUCCGUCCAGCCAGAAGGACAUACUGAGCGUGUGCAAUGAUCCCUGCGUCUUAGCACAGCAACUAACCCAUAUCGAGAUGGACCGAUUAAUGCACAUCACCCCGGAGGAGCUGGUGCAUAUAUUCAACCACAUGGAUUCAAUGGACAAUCAUAAGACCUGUCGCAGUGACAUCAAAAAGACAUACAGCUUGGAAGCCUGUGACAACUGGUUUAAUCGGCUCAGUUCGCUGGUGGCCACCGAGAUCUGCAGAGUUGGAAAGAAGAAACAGCGAACGCGUGUGGUCGAAUUUUUCAUCGACGUGGCAAGAGAAUGUUUCAACAUUGGAAACUUCAAUUCCCUAAUGGCAAUCAUAUCCGGCAUGAACCUCAGCCCUGUGGCCCGACUGAAGAAAACUUGGUCGAAGGUCAAAAAGGCGAAAUUUGAAGUCUUGGAAAAUCACAUGGAUCCUUCCAGCAAUUUCUCUCACUACAGAACAGCUCUUCAGGGGGCUGUGCAGCGAUCCCAGACAGCCCACAGUAACCGUGAGAAGGUUGUCAUUCCAGUUUUUAAUCUCUUCAUCAAAGACAUCUACUUUCUGAACAAGAUUCACGCCAACAGACUGCCCAACGGGCAAAUUAACUUCAAGAAAUUCUGGGAAAUUGCCAAACAGAUCAGUGAGUUUAUGAUGUGGAAACAGGUGGAAUGUCCCUUUGAGAAGGACAAGAAGAUCAAAAACUAUCUUCUGACAGCUCCUGUCUACACAGAAGAAGCACUUUACUUGGCUUCAUUUGAGAGUGAGGGACCUGAGAACCACAUGGAGAAGGACAGCUGGAAGUCACUCAGGGCCACACUUUUGAACAGAGCAUGAAGCAACCACUUUGUACACACCGGACUCUGCGAAUCAUUUGCACUGCAUCAGACUUUAGCUCCAUUUUGGAAGAGAAGAGACUUGGUUUGGUCACUUGCCUUUAAAUUUGUAAAUUUGAUUUUGAUUCAGAUUCGGAUCGUGACUGUACAGAGAGAAAGUGGCCGAAUCUUGGGGCUUUGCUCCCACUGGCUGGGAUAUGUUUAUUCAAUGCCUUUUACAGCAGACAUUGUGCUAUGACUUAAAGUCACUUGUAAAAUAAAUGGAAGACUACAAGAAGGCAGAAGACUGACUUUUGCCAUGGGGCAGGACCCUUUAAUAAAGAGAAGCAUCAUGGGAGA